AUAAUGAUGCUGAACCAAACAGAACUGACACCAGCUUCAUUCAUUCCUAAUGGGAUCCCAGGGCUGGAGGACAUGCACAUGUGGAUUUCCCUCCCAUUCUGCUCCAUGUAUGUUGUGGCUGUGGUAGGGAACUGUGGACUCCUCUACCUCAUUCGCUAUGAGGAUUCCUUGCACAGGUCCAUGUACUACUUCUUGGCCAUGCUUUCUCUCACUGACCUUGUCAUGUGCUCUAGUACAAUCCCUAAAGCUCUCUGCAUCUUUUGGUUCCAUCUUAAGGAAAUCAGCUUUGAAGAAUGCCUGGUCCAGAUGUUCUUCAUCUAUACCUUCACAGGCAUGGAAUCUGGAGUACUCAUGCUUAUGGCCUUGGACCGCUAUGUGGCUAUCUGCUACCCUCUGCGCUACUCAACUAUCCUCACCAAUCUUGUCAUUGCAAAGGCUGGGCUUGCCACUUUCUUGAGAGGUGUGUUGCUUGUCAUUCCCUUGACUUUCAUUAUCAAGCGACUACCUUAUUGUAGAGGCAAUAUAAUACACCAUACCUACUGCGACCACAUGUCUGUAGCCAAGUUGUCCUGUGGAAAUAUCAAGAUCAAUGUUAUCAAUGUUAUCAGCCUAAAAGGUUACGCAGAGAGAAUCAGCUACUCGGCGGCCUAUCAGAGAGCCAAGUUUAUAGUCUUCCCUCGCUUUGAGUGA